CGUUGGCUCAAACUGGCGCUGUUCCGUCUGGAUGGAGUUUACCUCUCCAAGCAAGAGGCCGAAUUUGCAGAUAAAAUAUCCGAAGAGCUGGAAUGCCUUCUUUCACAAGCCGUUCAUGAUCCAAAAAAGGUGCUGCUAUUCCCACCACUACCAAGUCGUUUGCGUUACCUGAUACAUCGGAUUGUGGAAAACUUUGACACUCUGAGUAGCUUCUCAGUUGGGGAAGGAGAUGGGCGGAGGACUGCUGUAUGCCUGGCUGAAAUGAGGUCACAGGCUCUGGAUGAGAACGAGAGCAGUGUGGGUAAACAAUGGAAAAGCAAAGAUGAGUUGAGAGAGACGUGUGGACCUCUUCAUGAUGGGGCUUCAAGGAACCCAAACCUUGCUCCUGGUAACGACAUAUCUGAGAACAAGCCUGACAAAGACAACCAUGCGCAUUGCCAGAACAGGGGGGAGAUGAGAAGAGAUGCCAGGUUCAAUUACAAAAGGGAUGGAAGGUACAGGAAACCCAAAAGCAGCAGGAACAAGGAUGGAAGAGAGCCAAGAAGGGGUGAAGAGGAGAGGGACCAAACGUAUGGACAUGCUUUUGAAGAUGAACAGCUCUGCUCGCUCACUGGUGGGAAUGUGGUUCAUGCAGAGGAAGGGAGGAAAUACACGGUCUCAAACCUGCAGCAUGAAGACAAGGCCCAAACAAACACACCCACUGAAGACCUGGAAGUUGGUACAACAGUGAAUGAAAAUCUUGAUGAAGCAAAAGAAAAGGAAGGCCCAAGUUCAGAUUCUGAGAUGAAUCACUCGCCUAAUGAGAAAAGAGCAGAGAAUAGUCAACCAAAAUUGCUGGAAGAUGCCAAUCCCUUGGUGAAGGAUGAUGAUACACCUCAGGCAUCAGUGCACACAGUAAAGAUAUCGGAAGCUGUUGGGUCCAGCCCAAAGGCAGAGAUUAAUCUUCAGUGUGAAGAUCAAGCUGUGAAUUGUGACCAGUCCCAGAUGAGUAGCAUUGUAGACCAGGCUUCUACAGAGAGCGAGCACAUCCCGAUCAACAUUCCAAGGAGCCCAGAGAAGAGUAACAACGUUGACAAUGAGACGGACUUGUUGAAGUCUGGCGAUUCCAAGGCAGAGGAAGAGGUUGGAGUGAAGACUGAGGAAAUUGGCGAACAUCCUCAAAAUCCUAAUGGAGAUCUGCUCAAAGAGCUUUCGUCCUGCGUGUUGGAGAGCAACAUCAGCAUUGAGCACCCUCAGUCUGACUAUUCCACUUACCUCUUGGGGGAACCGCAGACAUACGAUGUGGAUUUUGGACACAUCAUUGAAAUUUAUGACUUCCCACCGCACGUGAAAACCGAAGACAUUCAAGAGGCAUUUGCCAGCUUUCGUGAAAAAGGCUUCAGAAUAAAAUGGGUGGAUAAUUCUCAUGCUUUGGGAAUAUUUUCAAGUCCAGAUGCAGCCUCUGAGGCUCUGACCAUUAGCCACGAACUGUUCAAAACACAGCCUUUGUCUCAAGCAACAAAACAGUCAAAACUGAAGGUUUCCAGAUGUUCAGAGUUCCUGCAGCCAGUGAAAGAGAGGGCACAGGUCAACACUGCCAUUGCCAAGCGUUUGGUCAGCAGGGCACUCGGGUUCCAAACCACUGAACGCAAAGUGUGGCCUGAUUCCAAGCCCAGAAAUCUGAAGGAAAAUAAAGAGCCACCGCACAAGACUGAAGAAGAUGCAGACAACACACUGAAUUCCGGCUCUGAUCAAAUUUGAAACACAAGGUCUGGACAAAGUCUACGGUGAAGAAGAUGCCGUGUGGAUAGUUCACAUUGAAGAACUGCUGUGUCUUUUGUAACAAUAGACUGUGUACUUUGAAGCUGGAUUAAAAGUUACUUUGGGCUGGAG